AGCUCCUUUAUCAUCUCGUCUGUCGAGCUUUCAGCGAGCCCAAGGAGAGAGCAACGCACAAGAAACACGCGAGCUGGUGAGCAGCGCCGAAGCGAGAGCGGGCGCCGAUGGCUGGAACGGAGUGGUGCUGGCCGCUGCCGGCGUGGAUGGGCUCCGGCGCGGCGUGGUUCGUGGCCCUCAACCUCGUCGUGGGCGCCAUCUUCGCCCUGUCGUCGCGAGAGCAGCCGCGGUCGCCCUCGCCGCGCCGCGCCGGGAGCGGGGGCGGGAUCACGCGCAGGGCCUCGUCGGCGGUGCUGCAGCGCAUCCGGUCCUUCAGCAUCUUCUCCUUCCCGUCCUCGUCCUUCCACACCGCGGAGCCUAGCCCGGGUGCCGCCGCGGCCAUCUUCCACGAAACAGAGGACGCGGGGACGCCGAAGACGAGGUCGCCAUCGACGCCCCGUCUACCACGCCCACACGCGACGGCCGAGCCGGCUAGAUCCGCAAAAGAGGACGUCGUGGAAGACGAGAAUUCGAUGAGCAUGGACGAGGCGUAUGCGCUCGCCCUGGCGGGGCGGCAGCGGGCGGCGCCGACGGAGGAGGAGGCGGCGGGGUCCGAGGUGGACGCCAAGGCGGAGGAGUUCAUCCAGGGGUUCAAGGAGGACCUCAGGCAGCAGCGCCUCAAGUCCAUCUUCAACUACACCCAGAUGCUCAAGCGCCGCGCCGCCGGCGGCCAGCCGCCUGCCGCACCAGAAUGAUACCGUCGCUCGCAUCGCACCGAUGGUUGGUUGGUCUGCUCGUUCCGCUUCCGUGAUUGGCUCACGUGAUCGUUGAAAGUUCAGACCAACUCAGGAUUGACUUGCUGUCAUGGACGUCGCCGCCGGCACAGCAGCCGGUCUGGUCCACCAUUGAUUCACAUGUUCAUUGCUUAAUUUUUUAUUUUCUUUAGAGAGGAUUGCUUCGCGUGUUUGGUUUAAAAAAAGGGAGAGCUGGCCUUUUUGAGUUGCUUGCUCUCGUGUACAUAGGCUUUCGGUUGUUGGUUUGUCCAGAUUGCUUCUAGUGGGUUUCCUUUUUAUUGGCUUGCACUCCUGUACAUAGGCAUUUUGGCUUGGCUUGUAUGCACUGCAUGCCGUGUUCCUUUCUUGUCAGUGCUCCUUUCUUGUAAGCACAAUCUUUUUAUUUGUUGCAUGUAACUUGAAAGUCUACAGUCAAUUUAUUUGUUGUAACAUAGGAUUCUACAGUAAUCAUCAAUCAGAUGCAGGCAACAUCCUGCAUUCUUUUA